AUGCCGGCCCCACAGCUCACGCAGCUGCUCUCACAGCUGCGUGCGCCCAUCUUCAACACCCUCCCCGUCGUCUCCAACGCCCGCAACGGCGCAAAAUACCUCAAGCGACGACUCCGCGGCCCCUCCAUUAUCAACUAUGCCCCGCAGCUGAGCAUGCCCUCGAUCAAGUUUAUCACCUCGAACAAGGCCAUGAACCCCUACGCGGGCUGGGAAGGAAACGGACUCAACUCGAGCUACAUGCUCCCCAAGGACAAGCUUGUUCCCGAGGGCUGCGUGGAGAUUGAGCGCAGUGUCAAGCCUGGACACAACGCGCGUGACCCCAACGCUGCCCGUGCUCCCUGGCUUGUCAACCCCAGGGAGGAGGAGCGUUUCGCCGACGUGGCGAGGAAGAGGAAGCUUGGAAAGGGCCCCCCCAAGAAGGGCCAAGGAAAGCGUGCCAUGCUCGGCAAGGGCAAGAAGAAGAAGUAG